AUGAAGUUUAAUAUACUGAAAUUGUUUUUAGAAAGCAAUGAAAGAAUAGAUGAAAAUGGAAAUAAAAUCAGAACAAACAGACCACCUAAUACAGCAUUUAGGCAACAAAGGUUAAAAUCAUGGCAACCUAUUCUAUCACCCCAAUCCAUGAUACCAUUUUUAGCCAUAAUUGCCAUGAUUUUUGCCCCCAUUGGCGUAGCAUUCUUAGUUAGUGCAUUAAAUGUUCAAAAUUUUGUUAUAGAUUAUAGUCAUUGUGAUACUUUGGCUAGUACAGAUGAUUUCCAAGUGAUUUCCUCAAAAUUAUACCAUUAUAAUUUCAAACAAAAAAAUGUUAUACAACCAAGUUGGAAGCUUCAAAGUACAGAUGAUAAUUCAAAGACAUGUCAAAUAAAAUUUUCGGUACCAAAUAACAUAAAGUCACCCUUAUAUGUAUACUACCAAUUGACUAAUUUUUAUCAAAACCAUCGUAAGUAUGUUCAAUCUUAUGAUGCAGAUCAAUUAAAAGGUGUGGCUGUAUCUCUUGAUGAGUUGGAUGAUAAUUGCAAGCCGUUGAAAAGUGCAAGCGAUACAGAAGAUAAGGGUGAUGAAAAAAUCAUAUAUCCAUGUGGGUUAAUCGCUAAUUCCUUGUUUAAUGAUACAUUUAGUACAGUUUUUGAAAAUGUAGAUGACGAUGGUAAUAAUAAUAGCACAAAAAAUUAUAACUUGACAAAUAAAAAUAUUGCAUGGAAAAGUGACCAGAAAUUAUUCAAAAAAACACAGUAUAAUGCCUCUCAAAUAAUUCCUCCACCAAAUUGGGCAGUCAAAUAUCCAGAUGGUUAUGUAGAAGGUAAUAUUCCAGAUAUUUCGACUUGGGAAGAGUUCCAAGUAUGGAUGAGGACUGCAGGAUUACCUACAUUUUACAAAUUGGUUAUGAAAAAUGAAAAGGACACAUUGCACAAGGGUGUUUACACAAUAGAUAUAGGCUUAAAUUAUCCAGUGGAGAUAUUUGGAGGUAAGAAAUCAUUGGUGAUUACCACUAACAGUAUUAUUGGGGGUAGAAAUUUGAGUUUAGGAAUUGUAUACAUUAUUGUCGCUGGGGUGUGCAUUAUUUUUGGAAUAAUAUUUUUGUUGAAGGUUAUAAUAAAACCUAGAAAGUUAGGGGAUCAUUCAUACUUGAAUUUUGAUGAUGGGUUAGAAAACAGUUCCGAACAGGCAGAUAAGUUAAAUCAGCAAUUGACACCAUUGAGGGAAAUUAUGUAG